GAGGCAAGGGAAGCCAACGGCCAUGGCCAUCUCCACUCUAUCCGUUGCGGCCUCGAACCCCCGCCUUCUAUCCCCGCUUUCCAAACCCAGCAAACCCGUUGCCUUCUUUGCUAAAAACGUUGCAUUUCCCCUCUCAUCUUCUUCUCUCUCUAGCCAGGACUCAGGAGGGGAGGCCGCCUCCUCUUCCACCGCCGGUCUGGGAUCCAUCCCUGUGUGCAGGAGGAGGCUGUUCGAAGUGGGAAUUGGGCUUUUGGCGUCGUUUUCGGUGGAUCUGGAUGCCAAGGCGACGAGAAUCGAGUACUACGCCACUGUUGGGGAGCCCCUAUGUGACAUGAGCUUCGCAAAGUCUGGCCUUGGCUACUGCGACGUCGCAGUCGGGACCGGUGUCCAGCCUCCGCGGGGAGAGCUUAUCAAUAUUCAUUACACUGCAAGAUUUGAUGAUGGUACAGUAUUUGAUAGUAGCUAUAAGCGUGGGAGACCACUCACUUUGCGUAUCGGUGUGGGCAAGGUCUUACCAGGAUUGGAUCAGGGGAUUUUAGGUGGUGGUGGUGUACCUCCAAUGCUUGUUGGGGGAAAACGCAAACUUCUCAUACCGCCAAAGUUGGGAUAUGGUCCUGAACCAGUUGGUUGCUUUUCAGGUCAGCUACAAGAGACUGCAACAUCCCAGGUAAUUCAACACUUCUCUAUGACAUUCUUUUUGUCGGAAUCUACAAGUGAACAUCACCAUUGAUAAGCUUGCGGCAUUCGGUGGACGAAGAGAUCACAUCAAUGAUUAAACAGUGAGAAAGAGAUCACAUCAAUGAUUAAACACACAUCAUUGCUGAUGCUGACAGUUCGAAAGCAGAGUGAGAACCACUGUCUGAAAAGCAGAGGACUACUUGAUGCUUGAACAAUGGAUGGUUUGAACAUAACAAUCAGUACUUACUGCCAUGUGUGUUACUGAGAAGCACAAAAUUUUCAUGUCAGAAUUAAAUUCUUGCUACCUAGUACAGGCAGAAGAAUCAGCACUAUUCUCUCCUUUUCUAUCAUCUGAAUCCUGAGAUCCAUCUUGUAUGUAUGUGUAGAGCUAUUGGAUUCUUAUAUUUUAUGUUGUAUCCAUGCUUUUCUAAGGAACUUGUGGGUGGAAAAGAGGAGGCUUCAUGCUGGAACC